CAGGCCAGACCUACAAAGUGGUAGGGACCAUGGAGGUGCACAACUCAUAAUUAUGUGUCUGAAGUUAGUUCAUCGUGUUCAUCCUCCACCUCGUUCACAUGGGACUAAAUGUUAAAACUUGAUCCAAGUCCGCCAUGGAGGACUACAACCUCCUCCAGCCCCUCCUCCUACCUCCCGCCACCACUUCCUCCGCUAACACUGCCGCCAAGGAUGCUGCAAUCAACCUCAUCUCAUCCAACUCCGGAAUCCUGUUCCGAGUCCUUUCAGUAUUCUUCAUCGGAAUUGUCACCAUAUGGGCAAAUUGUGAAGCAUCUAAAGGUUUCAGCAUAACCAUCAUCAAUGACGCCGGAGACACUGCAGCCGGCCGGAAGUUCGAUCUCUUCUACGUGUCCAACGACAAAGCCACUCGAAUGGUACUCAACACAAGUGAAUUUGUUGAAAAGGUGCUUUAUGAUCCUAGUAAUACCCACCCAAAGAAGGAUGUUAACCAUGUCAUUGUCCGGCUUGCUAGCCGGAAUAUGACCCACAUGGCGGUCGUUAGCUCUAGAGAAAGAAAUGAGUUUGCCCUUGAUAUAAGCCCUUCAGUAAUGCAAGGGACCAAUGUUGAUUACGCCAUGGCAUCGGCCGUGCAACGCGGUAUGGCGCGCAUAUGGCUUUGGGACGGCGAGGAUAGCGCUCCACCGGCUCUCUUAGAAGGCAUGGUCGAGUACAUUACCAUUUUGGCCGGUUUCAGUCCUGCACCGACGAUGCCGAACAGUGUUGAUUUGUCGGGAUCUGGCAACUUCUGCUGGAUGAACAAGGACCCUAUAGCUGUGGCACACUUUUUAAAUCAUUGUGAGGCGCAGAAUAGAGGGUUUAUCCAAAGGUUAAAUCAAGCCAUGGAACAUCGAUGGCAUGAAGGAGCUUUGGAGGAAGCCUUAGGGUUUCCCGUUCAAGAUCUAUGCGCUUCGUAUAAUUCUACCAAAAUUCCAGUGGUGGGUAACCUACAAUUUUCUAGAUCAAAGCCACUAAACAUUUGAAAAUAUUUUCAACGAAUUCAUCUGUCAAUGUUCAUUUUUAAGCAUCCUCCCAUCCAGAAAAAUGUAGAGGUAGUAGUACAUUAUUGUUCCUACCACAUGCGUCUUACAAUUAUUUUAUGGGAUCAAAUAAAUGUGAUCGAGGAAUCAACAUGUGUGGGUCAGCCUACCUACGGAUUCUUCAACUUUCUUACUGCCUUGCAUCAAGUAUUGAUGAUGUUCACAAGGAUGGGAUAGUGUUUGUUUGGUUGAUGUUCCAUUGUACGUUUCCUUUUUUGUUCGUUUUCUAUUGUUGGUAUAUAUUUUUAUUUUCUUACAUGAAAAAUAUCACUGCAUGUGCGAAGAAUUUAUUGACA